CAUACAUUCAACUAUCCGUUCGUUCACUUGUCUUCUAUGAUUGUGGGAAUCACUAGAAAAGGACUCCGCGGAGCAAAAGACAGCAAAUCUGUCUAUUCUUCUAGCCGGUUGGACUUUCUCAAUACACCUAUCCCCCGUUCCAGCACAGCCUAAGUCCCGUCAUCAUACUGAAAGGAAAAGACCUUUGCUGACCUGAACCGUCUCAUGCGCUUGCCGGCUCUGAAAGCUCUCUAGUCGGAUUGAAAGUGAGCUUUCACAUAUUGACUCUCCUGCGGUGUUGAAAGCAAAGAAGGCGAAGGAGAGGAAAUCAUGGCAUCCCACAGGUCGAUGUCUCCGUCGACCCCUUCUGAGGGUGAGAUCAUCGAAUCAGGAUCAGAGAUGAAGGCAACUACGUCGCAAGCUCCUCUUAAUGGCAUCAGCGUUGACCGUCAGACCAGAGCUAGUACAUCCUCUGCGCCGAGAUCUCCCACGUCACGGAGUAGUAGGUCGCCACGCCGGCGGAGAUCAAGGACUAGGUCCACCAGGUCGCGAUCGAGAUCGAUAACGCGCUCCCGCUCCCCCCAUCGAGACAACUACAGUAGAAGGCAUAAACGAAGACGCGACGAUGAUUACGACUAUGACUUCUAUGACGAGAGACGGUCUCGACACGGAUCCUCGCAUCGUCCACCGUCGCGACGUUUCAACCACAGGUACGAUGAUGACAGGUAUUACGAUGGGAGCGGGCCCUAUCGGCGACAAAGAUCAUACUACGAUUACGAUAGAGAGGAUUACUAUGGCCACGCCCAUGGCACCGGUGCCAUCCGGUACAGCGACGACUACGAUUACCGUCGUCGAGAUAAACGACGACGGACUCAAAGUCGAUCGCCUCAGCCAGAGAUCCGAAAGCCCAAGCAGUACUCGAGUGACGAAUUAGAGUCGAAGAGAGACGAAGGUCCUGGAGCUGGUUCCGCUCGGGACAACGUCGGACGGCGAAGGUCGUCAACUACUGAACAGUUAGUGAGCGAACGAGGAACUACUCCAGUCGUCGCUCAGAAUUUUAAGCAUGAUGCUGAAAUGAGAGAGAAUCAGGUGCUUGAUGCCUUGUCUGAUGCCGGUACCCGUGCAGUGAAUAACCUGACUGCUCCGGCCCCUCAAGAGAAUCAGGAGGAACCUGCUGAACUGCUUGAUGAAGCGGCACGUCUUGAAGCUCGUCGCAAGCGACGAGAAGCUAUUAAGGCUAAAUAUCGCGGUCAGGCUACUCCUUUACGUCUCCAGGCAUUGCAUAUUCGAGGUGAAACAGACUCUUCUACUCCAGGUACCGACGAAAACGUAGCAGAAUCUCCUCGAAUAUCGCCCCUCCCUACGCCUAGUGAACAUCAAGGGGACUCAAUUCCCGAUUUCAAGGUUGGCCAGGAUGCUGAUCUGGUUAAUUCCAACUUCCCUACAGAUGGUGUUGAAAAGGAUGAGCCUUCUGCGGCGGAUUAUGACCCCACUCUUGACAUGAAGGAGGAUAGACAGAAGCAUAGUGACAGAACCAUGAACGGGAAUGUUCCAUCGACGGCGUAUGACGAGACGCAGACCGCAAAACAGGAUCUCUUGCUUCCCGAUGCCGGCCUCCAACAGCCACCGCCGACGACGAAGGAUCCUUAUGACAUGUUUGCCGAAGACGAUGAUGAUAUGUUUGCUGAUGGUAGCCCAGAAACCGCGCCGCCAUUGCGUGCCUCAGCGAAGUCUGUAGCACCCCAGCCGCAAGAGCUUGACAUCAGCAUGAUGGACAAUUGGGACGACCCUGAAGGGUAUUACAACGUCCGGCUUGGUGAGUUGAUCAACGGGCGGUAUCAUGUGCAGCAGAAUCUAGGCAAGGGGAUGUUUUCAUCUGUAGUGCGCGCGACAGACUCGAAGACAAGGAAACUGGUUGCGAUCAAGAUCAUCCGACAUAACGAUACUAUGAGGAAGGCUGGGAUGAAGGAGAUUGGUAUCCUGGAACAACUACACGAGGCAGACCCCGAGGAUAAGAAACACAUUAUCAAGUUUGAGCGGUAUUUUGAGCACAAGGGCCAUCUGUGCAUGGUCUUUGAGAACCUGAGCAUGAAUCUGCGGGAAGUACUGAAGAAGUUCGGGCGGGAUGUCGGAUUGAACCUGAGAGCCAUCCGAGCGUAUGCGCAUCAGAUCUUCCUGGGGCUGAGUCUACUGCGCAAGUGCAACAUCCUGCACGCGGAUCUGAAGCCGGACAACCUGCUCGUGAACGAGCAGCGCAACGUGCUGAAGGUGUGCGACCUGGGCUCGGCGUCGCCGGCGUCGGAGAACGAGAUUACACCGUACCUGGUGAGUCGAUUCUACCGUGCACCGGAAGUGAUACUGGGCAUACCCUACGACUACGCAAUUGACGUGUGGUCGGUCGGGUGCACGCUGUUCGAGCUGUACACGGGGAAGAUCCUGUUUACGGGGCGCAACAACAACCAGAUGCUGCGGUCGAUCAUGGAAUGCCGUGGCAAGUUCCCGCCGAAACUGCUACGGCGCGGGUCGCUGGUGCCGAUGCACUUUGACGAGAUGCUCAACUUCCAGAGCACGGAAGAAGACAAGGUGACCGGGCGGCUGGUCACGCGGGUUCUGGACUUCAAGAAGCCGACGCGCGACCUGAAGACGCGACUGAUGGGGCAGGGGGUACGAGGGAUGUCCGAUGGGGAGGCGAAGGAGUUGACGCUCUUUGUAGAUCUGCUGGAUCGAUGCUUGAACGUUAAUCCAGAGAAGCGGUGUACGCCGGCGGAGGCGCUACGACAUCCGUUCAUCGCCAGACCCAAGGCGUAGUGUGGAUGUAUAUAGACGAUAUUUUUCUACUUUUUUUUGACAUUUUUCUUAACCUUUUUUACGGAAGAAUUCCUUUUUUUUUUGAGUGAGCGGUAGGUUUACUAGCAGAGGCUAAUCUACGAGAUACGAGAAGGCGUCAAGGUCCAGGAGGCCAAGUGUCGAGGAUUUGAUUUGAAGGAUAACGACGCACCGUGCGCCCAACGAGGCGGGGCGUUGUCUGAUGGGAGAAUCAGGCAGGUUGGAUUCUCGAAUAUGGAGGUGGCUACAAGAAAAGCCAACGGGAGGAUUCAGCAAGGAUCGGAGGGCGGUCUGAGCGCAUCCUGUGUAGUACAAUGUGCUCUGUAUGCAGUCGGACGAUACGCUGGAAAGCAGACAAUGAAUGCAUCUGCAUAUGCACUGGGGAAAAGACAAGACAAUGUUUUGGAUUUGCCGCCUCCACUUCAUUUCAUCCAGCCAGGAGUUCUGAGUCUCGAGUCUCGAGUCUGACCUUCAUUACAGGCGAUCAGCGUUUAAGAUUGCUGCCUCAGGGGAUGAAGGAGGGAUGGAACUGUUUAUCUUGCCUCGUAAAUUGUAACUGCAGCAUUGUUAGUUAUUUACAGUGGGUCAGCCUGGAAUGACAAUGAUA